AGGCGUCGAUGCUGACACAUCACCUCCACAACAUGUUGUCUUCCGUUCGCAUGCGUAUAUAAAUCCCACCACGCGCGCCAUAUUAUCAUCAACUGCUUUCAGGGCAUACACAUACAAAUCAACUUACCAGCUCCCAAUCAGCUAGUCAGCAGCAACAUCUAUAUAGCGAAAAGGAAGCAAGAUCGAUGAAUAGUCACUCGAUCAUGGCGGUGCCGUCGGUGUUCGCCGCCUUCGACAAGGACGGAGACGGCAAGGUGUCCACGUCCGAGCUGCGGCGCUGCAUGGAGGCGACGCUGGGCGAGUACGUGUCUGAGGAGGAGGCGGUGGCGGCCCUCGCGGUGGUGGACACCGACGGUGACGGGCUGCUAAACCAAGAAGAGUUCUCGAGGCUGGCCGCCGGCGCCCAUGAAGAGGACGAUGCCGACGUGAAGCGAAGGUGCCUGAGGGAGGCGUUCGGGAUCUACGCAUCGUCGUCCGUGGAGGACACGGCAACGACGACGAUGAUUACACCGGCGAGCCUGAGGCGGACGCUGAGCAGACUAGGAUCGCACGAGCUGGGCGUGGAGGAGUGCAGGGCAAUGAUCUGCAGGUUCGAUCUCGACGGCGACGGCAAGCUCUCGUUUGACGAGUUCCAGGUCAUGAUGAUGGCCUGAUCGUCGAUUUCUCUUCUUCGCAUUCUUCUAGAGACAUAUUUUGUUCACUCUUUUUUUUGCGGAGGCUAAUAAUAUUCACUUAAUUCAUUUAUCGAUCACAUAUGUAUGUACAGUCAUGUGUUCAUUCAUUGUUUACUCGCACGAUGGCCAGUGUGUUAUGUCAUGUGUACAUUUAUUCAUUCCUUUGCUCGCACGAUCGCUAGAAUCCUACACGGGAAGUUGUGGCUUGAGUUGACUUUCGUCCCGUUUUAUAUAUAUAGAACAUACGACCAAACCGAUAGAAGGUGAUGAGAAAAACCUCUUACAAGCAGGUCAAGAGAUAAAAAAACAUAAAUACAAGAGUGCCCACACCCUAACAAGAAGCACCUGAAGCUACAAACAAGAAAAGCGAUUAAGCGUUCAUGAGAGAU